AUGGUUAUAUUGCCCUCCCAGACCACCCGGUAGAUAGCAGGAGAUCGUCAACGUCUACCGUGUUUCCGAGUCUUUCACUUGCAAACAUUCCCUACAACUCAUCCCCUCUGUCAGUAAACAUACAAAUAUUUUAUAUUUUUCAAAACCCUAACUCUUGACCAAUGGCAGCGAGAUUCACGCUACUGAAGCAAUCAUCACUAGCGCCUGAUGAUGAUCGUGCAAAUGAAGAAGAAGAAGAUCAAGUAGAUAUUGAUCCGCGUGUCAAUCUCAUGUAUCUGGCUAACGAAGGUGAUUUGGAUGGGAUCAAAGAACUCCUUAAUUCCGGCAUCGAUGUCAAUUUUCGAGAUAUCGAUAAUCGUACCGCGCUUCAUAUUUCCGCUUGUCAGGGGAAAAGUGAGGUGGUUGAGUUGUUGUUGAGUAGAGGCGCCUCUGUUGAUUCUAGAGAUCGCUGGGGCAGCACGCCUCUUGCAGAUGCAAUACAUUAUCAAAAUCACGACGUGAUUAAACUUCUAGAGAAACAUGGAGCAAAGCUUCCGGUAGCCCCCAUGCACGUUAAAAAUGUCCGUGAAGUGCCAGAGUAUGAGAUAGACCCAAAGGAGCUUGAUUUUACGGACAGUGUGGAAUUAACAAAGGGUACGUACCGUGUUGUUUCUUGGCGUGGAACACAAGUUGCCGCAAAGAAGCUUGCCGAGGAAGUGACUAACAAUGAUGAUAAAGUGAGGGCUUUUAUAGACGAGCUUGCUUUGCUUCAGAAAAUAAGGCAUCCAAAUGUUGUUCAGUUUCUAGGUGCUGUUACUCAAAGUAGUCCAAUGAUGAUUGUCACAGAAUAUUUACCCAAGGGUGAUCUGUGUGCAUAUAUGAAAGAAAAAGGACCACUGAGACCGCUGAAAGCAGUGAGAUUUGCACUUGACAUAGCAAGGGGAUUGAACUAUUUGCAUGAAAUUAAACCAGAAGCAAUAAUUCACCGUGAUCUUGAGCCUGCUAACAUAUUGCGGGAUGACUCUGGGCAUCUAAAAGUUGCAGACUUUGGAGUUAGCAAACUGUUAAAGGUUACCAGCAGAGUUAAGGAGGAUAGACCAGUGACUUGUCAAGAUACAUCUUGCCGCUAUAUUGCUCCAGAAGUUUUCGGAAAUGAAGAGUAUGACACUGCGGCAGAUGUUUUCUCAUUUGCGUUAAUUCUACAGGAGAUGAUUGAAGGCUGCCCACCAUUUUCUGCCAAGCAAGAAAGUGAAGUUCCCAAAGCAUAUGCUGCAAAGGACCGCCCUCCAUUUGAAGCUCCAGCAAAGUAUUACGCACAUGGACUUGGAGAGUUGAUUGAGGAAUGCUGGAGUGAGAAACCGGCCAAUCGACCGACAUUUAAGAAGAUAAUUCCACGGUUGGAGUCCAUCUGCAGUACUCUGAUUCAGAGGAAUCGAUGGAAGGCAAAACCCAUAAGAUGCUUCGAAAAACUAGAAGCAAUGUGGAAGAAAGAUCAUUCUAGUCGAGGCAGUCACAGUCGCUCAUCUCGUUCAACAAACAGAUAACAGUCCAAAAUAGUCCUCUCUUGGUUUAGCCAUGUCGAAAAAUGUUUACCUUCCUACUACACGAAGAUAAAGCAACUUAAUUCACGACGGUGUAUUUAAAAAAGUAAAGAUAAAUGAAAAACUUCAGGGGUUUGAUAGUAUUGAUCAUAUUUAUCAAUUGAAACACUCAUUCUUUUUGUCAUCUCUGACUUUGCCCAUGGGGAUGAUCAAUAUAUUUGCCAUCUCUUGCUCCA